UAGUGUGUAUGGUUUUUAUCUAUCUUUAGUGAAGAUUUUCAAACAAAAAAGGAACUGGUUGUAGGACGACUGUGGUUUUCUUACAAGAUAUCGUCACUAUGUACGCGAACAUCAUGAGGAAAUAUGUGAAGAACCCAGUUAGAAGCUUUAGGAUUGAAGAAUAUCAGACAAAUAAGGUUAGGUAUUUUGAUAACAUAAGUGUGAAUUCUGGUGGAUUGAAUGGUUUGAGUGAUGUUGUUCAUGCUGCCUAUCAGUUACCACCUAUUAAGAAGGUAAGUCUCACUUGGUUCAGUGACACAUACCCUUUUUAUAUUAGUAAUAAUGAAGAAUUCUUUGAGAUGUGGGAUAAAGGAGUGGUUGAAGAAGAUGGGUAUAUUCAUCUUUACAUGAAUGUUAUCAACAGGAGAGUACCUCUUAGUGAUGAAUUCCUAGAAUCUUCUUGUGUGUCAGUUUCAAAUAGUCUUUUUUCAACACCUGAGAAGGUGCAGAGUACAUCAAGGAUACAUAUUGAAAGAGGUGCACAAGUGAGUAUUGACCCUUCCCUGAUCAUAACACCUAAUAAGAGGAUUAUAUAUAGUAAAUCACCUGAGAUACUAAGAAGAAGUCCUAGGUAG